GACAUCCUACUGAAGUCUGGAACCUGUGCCAUCGAAGUAAAAGGAGAUGUUAAUGCUGACAAUAAAUUGCAAUGGAAGAUGGUUGCAGAGAACAAGUGCAAAGCUAUCCAGGACCUUGGAGCACCCAUAAAAGUAGAAGGUUCUGGCUAUAUAGUAAUAAACAAGAAAGCAAAUCUGGACUCACAAAUGUUAGUGGUGGUUGAUGAAAGCACCCUGCAGGGAUUACUGAUCCUAAAAGCAACAGAGAAAAAACAAGAGCUAGAUGCAAUUCUCACCCAUAACGUCCAACCUGCAAUAACUCUUGGUAUACCCACAAGGACCAUGGUAGAUGUGACAACAGAAAGAAGCAGUGAACUAUAUAAAAGGUCAAUUCACCUUAGCUGGGACAAUAAACAGGUCAGUGAAGAAGUGAACUUUCUUCAGAAGGAUGAACACGUCACUUUCAGUUACAAGAUAACACAUAAUCUCGAAACCCUAAAAAGGUUCCUGCUUGAAGAUAAAGUGGAAGUUCGGGCUGAUAUCGAACUCAAAGAAAAUAGAAAUAUGACCCUGGCCACUUACUAUGGACCCCACUUCAUAAAUACCACAGUGCGAAUAAAGAGCAAUGAGACAAGCUGUAACCUGACCGCAAGCGUCCAGCACAACUGGCCUUGGUUACUACGCAAUGGAAUUUCUGCUUCAGUACAGAGUUCGCUGGACAUACAAGCAAUGGAUGGCAAGCAGGAGGUGUCUGUGGAGGCCACAACAACACAGAACGCCUUUAUGUGCUCUGUGUCCUCUCUGUCUGCAGCAAGAAACCACAAGAUCCUCUUCAAAAGUGCCCACAACAUUGACUGCUUUCUGAAAUAUGGAUACCCUAAAGUCAUCCAUGUGAUGGGAAUAUUGGCAAAAGAAGGAGAUAAAGUAAACGGUACCUUGGAUAUGGAAUCUGAUAAGAAAAAGUUAAGGGUUGAUUUAAAAUCCUUUAUAGAUUUUCAUCAUAACUUCGGCAUUGCUGCAGGAGUGAAGCAUUCAGUGCCUACGCUGGUCGCCUGGUCAAUACCGAACUCAAUGCAGGUGCUGUUGCAAGCAGUUUUAACAAAUGCAGAUAUUGGCGGAGCUUUGAUAUUUAACUGCGAUAAGGGCAGCAAUGUUUCCUUCACUGCCAAUGUCAGAUCCCAGCAGCAGAGUGAGGAACUAAUUGUGAAAGCAACGCACAGUGUACCAGCCCUGCAACCCUAUAUUCCGAGCCCCAGCACCUUCAUCACAGGGGUCACCUACACCACAAAUGAAGCAGAAGGAAGGGUACAUGUCAAGAUGGAAGAAAAAGAAUUGAAUUUCUCAUCAAAGCUACAUUUUACAGAAAACGCUUGUUUAAACGUUGUACAACUGAAGCAUUCUUUACUACAGUUGAAGAAUCUUCCAGCAUUAAUAGAAAUGAGAACACAAUAUGAAAAGAGACAUAAAACAGUUGCUCUCGAACAUAAAACCAUGUGGGGCAGAAAAGAGUUGGAUUUGGCAGCAUCGUACAAUGGACUGUUUCCAAAGUUAUCUGGAGGACAUGAAAUAACAGGUGAAUUUUCCCAGUCUCUUUUCCUGGCUGCUCUUCGACAGGCCAAUGUUAGUAUCGGUAUAGAGCACUCAGAUAACAGCCAUCAAGAUCAUAUUGUCCUUGGCUGGAACACUAAAAACCAGGUCAACCUCUCCUCCUCCCUGAAGAUCGGGAAGGAACGCCUGUACUACAGAGCCAGCUUCUCUCAUCCUUUCAAUUUUGCUAUAAAAGAGAUGGAACUGAGUUCUUUAUCAGAAUGGAAAAACGACCUGUAUAAUCAAAAGACACAUCUCACUUGGAAUAAAGGCCUUCCAGUCAAUAUCUCAGUCAUCUUAGAGGACAGGGUUUCUAAUCUGUCUAGUGUAUGGAACGCCUGUGUGGACAUUUUACCAGGUCAGAUGCAGCAUGACUUGAUCACGAGAAACCUUCACGUAUGUGGAUAUUUGGAGACUACAUCAAACACAAUUACCGAAAAUGUGAACUUAAAGUGGAAUAACAAAAAAAUUGUACAAAAUCUACUGUACAAGAAAGAUAACAAAUUGGGUCCUGACAGUAUCCAGCUAGAAGCCACAUUUGAAAACCUCUUUAUAACCGGCUGUAGCCAACAACAUAUUUUGACUAAAAUAGACACGAAUUACAUGGACACCAUGUACCACUUCCUGAAGCUGGAACUUUGUGAUCUUUCACAUCCGAUUGUUUUUUCUGGAAGUCAUCGUCUCGGCAAAGAAGAACUUUUACAAUCAAAAAUUCAGCUAAGUGUCUCUCCAGAUGAGAAGGGUGACACAAUAUUGGCUUUGGCCUUGGAUCAUUAUGGAGAAAGACAAACACAGAAUUAUUCACUAAACUUACAGCUGGAAGCCUCAGCUGCUGUUUGGCUUGGUUUCAAUGGAAAAUAUAUGUCAUCUCCUGGCAUCCGGCAACUCUUGCUAGAGGGGAUAAUUCAUGACAAUGAAAAAUGGACCAUAAGUGCUUCCAGUGAACAGAGGUGUUCUCAGCUGAAAUUUGGUCAGCAUGUACCAGGAAGUUCUGAGGAAAAGGGGAUUGCGCUGAGAGCUUGCAUGGAUUCCAAGCAUUUAGCUACGGUGGAUACUUAUGUGAAUAUUAACAGAACACUAGAAGGAUUAGGACAUUUUGUCCUUUCUACAGUAAACCAGAGUCUGAGUUUAUCUUACCAAGGAUGUGGAGAGAAUAUUGCCAAAGCCGAGAACAUACUGGGAAGCCUUGCAUCUAGUUUUAAAGUAAGACUUGCGGAAAUGAAUAAAAAGGUUGAAAUACACAUCGCCGGAAUCCAGAAAACUAUGCAAAAAUAUCCCUUUCUCCAUGAAGCAGCUGGGUGGCCUCUGGCGGUGUCCCAGGAGGUUGCGGAAAUCCUACAGUAUGGACCAAAAGCAUUUCACCAGAUGUGGAAGCAGAGCAGUCUAAGACAAAUGCUGCGACACGACCUUCCUUUAUACUUGGAAAAACUCAACAGCUUGGUUCAGCAAAUGCAAACUGAACUGCAAAAGCCUCUUUCUACGUUAAAAGAUGCCUAUUACGACGCCACCUUAAAACCACUGGAUGACGUUUGGAAGGAAAAGACGGAUACUAGCCUUCACCUGAUUAAUGCCUAUCUCCCAAGUAUUGUUAAGGAUGAAUGGUUAAUGGAACCUAUUAGACACAUUUUACAUGGCAUAAAGGCUGGUGUAGAUUUGGGCAUCCAUCAGAUACUGAAGUGGACAGAGAACAAGCUCUCCAGGGCAGUAAGCAGGAUUCGGAAACCUCUGACAGGACUGUUUCAUUACUCCAGUAACUGCUCUGUCACACUGAGUUUCCCUGUGCUUCCAAUGGAAUACCACUUAACAGACCUUGCAAAUGUCACACACUACAUCAUUGAGGAGAAGUUAAUGAAACCACUAAGAGAGCUGUACAGUGUGAACCCUGUAGCAGAGCUUUACCGAUUUAAGCGAAGGAUGAUGGAGAGCCCAUUCGAGUAUCACGCAGUUUUGAUUGGAAACAAGCACAUCGUGACCUAUGAUGGAAAUAUUAUUGACUUGUCUUCAAAAUGUAGCCUUUUGUUGGCUAAGGAUUUUGUCCACAAUACAUUCACCAUAGUACUAAACCAAGGUACUGGUGGGCAGAGAUCAUUACACAUAGACAUGAAUCAGGUCUCCAUUGACAUCUAUCCAGGACUAAAGAUAGAAGAGAACUGCCAGAACCUUGAUGUUCCUGCUGUCAAGAAUGGAGUCUCAAUCAAAAAACAUGCUAAUAAAAUUGGGGUGUCAAAUCAAGAGGGAGUAACAGUACAGUGCGACAAUCACUACGACCUCUGCAGUAUUACCCUAGAAGGAUGGCAUCACGGAGUCUCUGCUGGACUUUUUGGCACCAAUGACAAUGAAGCUGGAAAUGAUCUUCUGCUACCAGACCAUACUCGUGCAAAUGGCACACAUGACUUUUCACUAAAAUGGCAGGUUGACAGCCAGUGUAGUUCUGGAAGAAAGAAGGUGAAGGCCUGUACUACUGCUCCUCAUCAGAAGCUAUGUAAAGCUUUCUUCCAAGGCAGGCAGUCUGUGCUCAGGAACUGCUUCAAAGUUGUUCAACCUGCUCCAUUUUAUAGAAUGUGUGUAGAAGACAUUUGUGAUUCAAAUGAGAUUAAGACCAUCUGUAACCUGGCAGCUGCAUAUGUCCAUUUAUGCAACAGAAACUUUGUUCCUAUAGAAAUACCUUCCCAAUGUGUGUGAAGCGAGCCCCAUCCACAGGAGCAGUGAAGACUGACACGCCCUUGUUGUAUGGUAUCUGAGGAGUAGUAACAGACAGUGCUUAUAUGUCACCUUUGUAAAAACUUGUACUCACCUGAUGAGAUAAAAACUAGUUCGUUACUAACUAAAUAUAAGACAGGGUAUUAAAUUGAAUGUAUGGAGCAUCUUAAACACUGCCCAUGUU